AUGUCGGUGUUAAACACACUUCCUGUUGUUCAACAAUACAUCGUAUGGUAUGGUUGGCCAAUCUGGCUAGCUUUCGGUCCCAUUGGAUGUUUGCUCAAUAUUUUACUCUUUUCUCGCAAACAAUUCCGAAAGAUAUCGUGCUGUUUGUGUGAGUACUACAUCACGAAAGAAGAAUUCAGAAUUAUAAAAAUUUGCUAUUUCACAUUAGAUUUUCUCGUCGCAUCUGUAGCAAUGCUUAUAGCUUUAUGCAUAGGUAUCAUACCACUUGUAUAUGCAUUCAAUUAUCCAAAUCCAUACAAUACUAUAUCGAGUUUUUGCAAAGCCCGCAAUUAUCUUCUCUCAAUGAGUGCAAUGACGUACCGUUGGCUGAUGGUAGCCGCAUGUUUUGACCGCUAUACUCACACCCUGGCCCAUGCAAAUUUACGACGAUUCACACGUGUACGAAUCACACUUCGUAUUAUAGCAGUUAUUAUCAUCAUUUGGCUAAUUUUACCAUUCUAUCAAAUACCUUGGACUGAAGUACAAAUGAAUGUGUGUGUAUUUUCCAUUCCAACUGUGGGGAUCUUUCAUAGCUUUUUAACGAUCAUUUGCGGUGGCCUUCUCCCGCCUUUGUGCAUGCUGAUAUUUACUCUACUCAUUCGGCACAAUCUUGCUGUUAACGGGCUUCGUCUACGUCAAUAUCGAAAUCAAGUACAACAACGAAGUGAACAACAAGACAACAAUAUUCUUCGUUCACGUGAUCAUCAAGCCAUUCUUAUGCUAUUUGUUCAAAUCUUUGUCUACAUUAUAAGCAAUUUACCUUGGACAAUUGGAUUAGUGUACACUGCUUUGACACGAUAUAUGGCCAAGUCCACUUAUCAGCUAGUCAUGGAAACGUUUCUGAAAUUCUUGGCCGAAUAUAUCUGGUAUAUGUAUCCUGUUUUGUCGUUCUAUAUGUACACCCUUGUGUCGGGUACGUUUAGGCGAGAAUUCAAGAAAAUAGUCAGAUCUAUCAUGACUUAUCGAGGCGAAAAUCCGACAAUUACUCGACGUAUUGCACCGCAAACAUAG